GCAUGCACCGCGAGCGCGACCCCGCGCGCCGCCUGCGCCGAGCCGUCCGGGCGGCCGGACCUAGGAGCCCGCCAAUGGUUGCGACCCGCAGUCGGCAUCCUUUCAGCGCAAAGCAUCGUCUGGCUUCCCGGGCCUGCCCAGGCUGGGACAGGGUGAAAUGGCAGCCUCUUCCUCAUCCUCAUCAGCUGGUGGAGUCAGCGGCAGCUCUGUAACAGGAUCAGGGUUCAGUGUUUCAGACCUGGCACCGCCCCGAAAAGCCCUCUUCACUUAUCCCAAAGGAGCUGGGGAGAUGCUGGAAGAUGGCUCCGAAAGAUUCCUCUGUGAGUCUGUCUUCAGCUAUCAGGUUGCAUCUACAUUAAAACAAGUGAAACACGAUCAACAAGUCGCACGGAUGGAAAAACUAGCUGGUCUGGUGGAAGAGCUGGAGGCAGAUGAGUGGAGGUACAAGCCAAUAGAGCAGCUCCUGGGAUUCACUCCCUCCUCGGGCUGAGCGUGUCUGGAUCGCUGCUGUCAGGGAGCAGAAGAAAAACAUUCUCUGGCCUGGCUUCAAAACACACCCCCGUUUAUCAGGAUGCUGACAGCUGCAUCGGCAGGACUGGGCUUUUUUUUUUUUUAAAGUUGAGAGUGAGGAUCCCCCGUAAAGCUGCCAGUAAAUGGAAAUGACAGGAUUCUUUAAGUCCUCUGCAGCGUUAACAGUCUGGCAGGGCUCGGUUUCUGUAACUUAGAAGGCAGGAUCGGUUUUACAGAACUGGGAGAAUCACCUUAUUGUGUACAGAGGAGGGAAGACUCACAGUGUGGUGGUGGGGAAAGCAACCCAGUAACUCAGUCUGGCCUUUCCGUGGUGUGCGGAUGGAAGAUUGGGUGAUACGCGGGCUGGGAAGCCUGUGUCUUUGCCACUCAAACACUCUUCAGCCCUAACUGUUGUUUCGGGGGAUGAACGGGACAAGAACCGUCCCGGGUCGGCUGAGAAGGGACAGGCAGCGACACCUUGUCCAGAGGCAGCUGGUGUAUCGCCAACACGGCUCUCUCUCCAUUGCUGUUUCUCUUGCGUCUGCACAGCGAGCACUGGUGGGAUGCUGCUCUCUAAUGCAAAAGCUGUAUCUUUAAUACCCUGAAACUCUUUUUCCUCUUUAUUAUCUAUUAGAUUGCUCUGUGAUAAUAAAAUAAUUCUGUCUUUGAAAGCA